AUGAAGGAAGAGACCAUGAGCGAGACGUCGUCACUGGACGCGCAGUGGUACGUGCAGAUCCAACCAGACUGGGGCGUCGCGGAAGACUCGUGUUGGAUCGACGUGUACAAUCGCGCCGUAAAGCUACCAACGAUUAAAGCGCAGGAGCUCAUCGGCCAGGACGACAAGUGCUUGACCGCCAAGGUGCACUCUUGUCCGAGCUCGCAGUAUCAAUUGCCUCUAUCGACCUCUUUCCAUGCCACUGGAGCACCUGCUGUCGUGCAGGUUCUCGACAAAGGAACUUCGUGGGUCAAGAUCGGUCCAACGGAUGCGAAGAAGCCGUCUGAAGCAUCGAUGCAACUGCGGCCAACAGUGUUUCAAGUCCCCCACGCGACAGUAGAUGUCCCGAUGGGUAGUACCGAUUCAAAGGCUUCUGGAGCUCGAGCAAUGCGCCUGUUGCAAUUGAAUGCAGUGGAUGUGUCAUUCGACGAGAGAUUUGUGGUCCUUGGAGGCUCCGACGGCGUCUCCAUGCUCUGGGAUAGACAAAACAGGACGCAGAUGCUGCCGUUGCAAGGCCAUGUCGCUGACGUCACAAGCGUUCGCUUUUACCCCAGCUCGAAAGUUGUGCUUACGGGGUCGCUCGACUUUACGCUGAGAAUCUGGAGCAUUGAUGGACGGUGUGCGGCGGUGAUGAAGGGGCAUCGAGGAGGGGUUGAGGACAUUGCGAUCCUUGGAAGAGGAAGGAAUGUGCUAUCAUGCGGAACUGACGGGUUCAUCCAGCUGUGGAACUGUGGGACACAAGACGUUGUUGCCAAGUGGGCCAACGAUGAUCAGAGUCCUGUACACUGUUUGGCAGUCCUGGACGACACAGCGCGCCGUUUAACGAAAGGCACUUCUCCGCCUUGUGACAGUGGCAAAGAGGCUGAGACGGACGGGAAAGUGCUCUUUGCUGGUCUUGAUAACGGAGAGACAUUGGGUGUGGAUGUCCGCACACGUGCAGGAGUGCUCAAUAUUGACGGCCUUGCUGGCUCGAUCAUCUCGUGUGCUGCGACUACUGCAACUGCCUCUUCACCGAUGCUUUUCACUGGAAGUGAGGACGGUCUGCUGACUGCAUGGGAUUUGCGCCACACGAGUGUGCCGUUGCACGCUUUGUCUCGAAGUUCAUCAGCCAUUCACAGCAUCGUGGUCUCAACCUUGCCAGCAAAUGACUCAGUUUCGACUUGGACUGCGCACGGAGAUGGCGGAUGCUGCAGCUGGAGCAACUUCCAAGGAAUACCGCACAUUUGCACGGAGCUUACCGGCCCUCAGUAUGAUGCAGUACGUGGUGUUGCACUUGCGGGUCAGACCAGUCGUCUGUUCACCGCCUGUCGAGAUGGCCGGUUGCGCGAGUACAUUCCACAUAUUGUGCCGUGA